UUAAUGUUCCCUUAAUUAUGGGAUAGUUGGGUGACUGUCGGCAACACUCGACCCAGGUACUACUCGGCCAGUCAUUCCCGAGGCAUGCGGAUCGCUCACGUUAGAUUGCAUCAGCUGAAGUUCUUUCCGGUAACUUUGAGGUGUCCAAGGCAUUUUUCUCUCUCCAUCUUCAAAAUGGUUCUAGAUCUCGACCUAUACAGGGCUGAUAAAGGUGGCGACCCCGAAAAAAUCCGUGAAAAUCAGAGCAAGCGAUACAAAGACACCACUCUCGUGGACCAAGUCGUCGAAGCUGAUACAAAGUGGAGGAAAUUACGAUUUUCGGCCGACAACUGGAACAAACUCAAGAACGUAUGCAGUAAACAGAUCGGCGAAAAGAUGAAGCGUAAAGAGCCAGUGGGUGACAGUGAAGAGCUGCCUAAAAAUAUAGUUGAUGGCUUAGAGGACAUAACUCCAGAAAUGUUAGAGUCUUGGCUGAAAAACAGUUUAAGUUCCAAAGUAUACAUGUGCUUAAGGACAGUGCCUACUACAGUACCACCUGAAACCAUGGACCCAUCAGGUUGCAGCAAAACCUUGUCUUUGCCACAUGCUCCCACCUCGCGUCCACUGCGGGUGAAAAUAUGUAGCACCGUGGUAAAGACGAGUGCGACAGCAAUUGAAAAAAUACCGCAGCAAAACAGACGAGGUAAUACCUCGGGGAAGUAAUGUAUGUGUAUCAAGUAGAGUGGCUUUUUUUCAUCAACAUUGCUUGUAAACUCCAUCAUAAUCUGGAGUCAAGAAACACGUUCGAAAUGUACAUGUGCUGACUAUUAGUAAGCCCUCUUACGAACUCUAACGACACUAUUCAUAGCCUUUUUAAUAGGAUUCACAGGGUUUCGAAGGUCACUUGAUUAGAACGGCAACUGGUUGGAGCCUGCCGUAAUCAACAAUGCGUUGAUCUGCAAUUGUGGCUACACGUACCAAACGUUACCAAUUUCAGGUAAAAAUGUAACUGUUUGUCAUCUAGUUCAUUUUUUUUAAUCUUAAAAUUGAUGCAUUGAAAGUAGUAACGCAACUUCGGGACUUAGUUUUGGAAACAACAGAGGUCAGGAAUCUGGAAAUCAAACAUGUAGCAUCUUUUGUUUUCCGUGAAAGGUCACACAAAAUGUUUAAAAAAAAUCUAUUAGCCUAAAGUGGUGAAUGGUUUCACUUCUCCUUUUGAUCAAUUGUAUAAAGGUGAAAAAUAUAUUUCCCUGUAGGAAUCUUUGUCUAAAGGAAGAUUACAUGAGCUGAAUGCCAUCAGGAAUAAAGAGCAGUCGCUGCUCGGAAAAACCCUUUUAAUUCUCUGUUGGAAUCAGUGGAAAUCAAACGGGUAUGAUUCUAACAUCUGGAGAUUCAGAAAAACAAAGCAGGAGAGACUACGAACACACUGAAACUCUUUGAAAGGUAAAAGAUAAAAAAGAAAACAGUUGAUACCAAAAAAUGCGUAGAUUACUACAUACCAUAACCCUUACUUCCAAAAAACCGUGGAAUUCAAUUCAAAAAUAGCAGCAUGUCUUUUGUCGGCAAAGCAAUUUUUGAGCUUUUUCCAACAUUUUGAUUAGAAUUGUAACAAGCCAAAUAACAAGCCUAUCACGACCACUUACGAAGGUUGUUACUUUCUCACUGAGCUCUCAAUGAAGACAGUGGCCAAGAUAUAUCUUACAAGAUAUCACAUGCCAAAAACUAUUUUGACCAUUGUUUAUCCAGCGUCUCGUUCACAAUUCGGUCCAUUACCCAUCCCCCAAAUUUAGCGCUAAGUAUACCAUGGGACCAGGCAAAUUUCAUUGGUUGCCACAAAGUAAUUUGACGAAUUACAAAGCAGUUAACGCCCAAGUCACUAGUGGAGGGAAGGUGCCUACGAAGCCCGGGGGCUGCAACCGCAGUCACAUCCCUAAGGUGCUAGAACACCCGACUGGCCUGCCCAACCCGCAACCAAGUCACGAGCCCCCCGCGCCAAGCCCCCUACAGGCACCCGUCACACUCAAGCCAGAUGGCAUUGGUGGAAAAAAAAU